GAUGUUAUUUUCCUUCAUUUUCUUGGCAUUAAAUUAAAAAAAAAGAAAAAUUACAAAAGAAAAUUAAAUGAGACUCUAAUAUCAAAAUCAAAGUCCACUUCAAAAAUCUAAACUAAUAAAAAAAUAAAGUAAAAUCACAGGCAAAGAACAAAAACAGCAGCCUUUCUUCCAAGGCUGACCCAUUUUUCACAAAAACGUGUUCUUUCUCUUUCUCUCUCUCCAAACACACAGCGACAUAUAUUUAUAUAUACAUAUAUAUAUAUAUAUAUAUAUAUUUGUCGGUAUCACUGUAUCAGAUCUGUAACCCCUCUAUUGCCCAAUCUCUUCCUUUCCUAGAUUAUAUAUCUUCUUCUUCUGGGUUUCCAUUUUUUUUUUUAACUUUUAGACUCGGCCAGAAAAUAAAAAUAAAAAAAAAAAACAAAGAAAGAAAGAAAAAAAGAAAAAUGGAUUCCGAGCAACGACGCAAGCUAAAGCGCGUUGGAAGGCCGUACUCACAGAGCCGGUUAUUGUCUAUGAGAUCUCUGGUACUCUGCCUCUGCUUCUUCGUCUUCCUGUUGUUCUUAUACUCCGCACGCUUCCCUAUCUACUCCGCAGCGUUUCGACCUGUUCUAACUUCCUCAACCCUCUUGUCCUCUUACGCUAGCAAUUCCAUACUCGAUUCUUUUACCAAUGGAGGAGGAAGGUCAUCUUCUUUGCGUUUCAGAGUCGAAGAUCGAAUCUUGUUCCCUGAUCAACUGCUUUUGUUGGUUGCCAACAGUAUCCCAAUUUCCGAUCCUUUGGAUUGCGUUUACUACAGCUUCUUAAACCAUGCCGAUGAAGUUCUUGAAAACGUCAGGAACCCGGAAGUUAAGGUUUUUGUUCGUCCCGCUUUGUCCACUGACGCCUAUGAUGAGCUCAGGUCGAUCGUCAGGUGCCCACUUCCGCCGGCGAAUUACUCGGCCGCCGCGGAUUUGCGGCGUCGCGGUGAUGCUGUUAAUGAGGAUUGGGCAUCCAGGAUUAACCAGACGGUGUAUUCAUGGGACAAGGUGGUUUAUGAAGCAGUUCUUGAUGGAGAUACAGUGGCUGUUUUUGUGAAAGGAUUGAAUCUCAGACCCCAUAGGAAUUCUGAUCCGACCCAGUUCAGCUGCCAUUUCGGAUUCGGAAAUUCGAUCAAAGAAGAAGAAUUCGUCCUCAAAACUGAAGCAGUGACGGCUGCUCAGGAAGUUGUGAGGUGCCAGUUACCCCUGAGUAUUCGAAACAAUCCAGACAAGGUUAAGGGAAUUCGUGUAACCAUUGAACAUCCCAGUUGGAAUCCCAGAUCCUCAGUUGCUGUGAAAAAACCUUCUGUGGCCAGAAUUUUCAGCUCCAAAUCCUAUCAGCAGAAAAGAAGUAAUCAGGCGAAGAAGCAUGAGCUUUGUGCUUGUACCAUGUUGUGGAACCAAGCUUCUUCACUGAGGGAGUGGAUUAUGUACCAUGCUUGGCUUGGAGUUGAGCGCUGGUUUAUCUAUGAUAACAACAGUGACGAUGGAAUUGAGGAGGUGAUUCAGGAGCUCAAUCUGCAAGAUUACAAUGUAAGCAGGCAGACAUGGCCAUGGAUUAAAACCCAAGAAGCUGGUUUUUCACACUGCGUUUUGAGAGCAAGAGAUGAAUGCAACUGGGUUGGAUUCUUUGAUGUGGACGAGUUCUUCUACUUCCCAUAUGCUUUUCGCCACAAGCGAGGACCUGGUCUUCCAGGGCAGAAUUCGCUUCAGGACCUGGUUGCAAAUUACUCAUCCUCGACAACAAUUGCGGAGAUCAGAACAGCUUGUCACAACUUUGGGCCAUCUGGCUUGAGUAGACACCCUGCACAAGGGGUGACUGUAGGGUAUACUUGCCGGUUGCAGAACCCUGAAAGACAUAAAUCUAUUGUCCGUCCAGAUAGGUUGGAUAGUACCCUUCUCAAUGUGGUGCACCAUUUCCGGCUUGCAGAGGGAUACAGAGCUCUCAACAUCCCUGAAAAGACUGCUCUGAUAAACCAUUACAAAUACCAGGUGUGGGAGACCUUUAGGGCCAAGUUCUACAGGAGGGUUGCUACUUAUGUGGUUGACUGGCAAGAAGACCAAAAUAAAGGAUCAAAGGAUAGAGCACCUGGUUUAGGGACUGAGGCAAUUGAACCACCCAAUUGGCGGCUACAGUUCUGUGAGGUUUGGGACACCGGCCUGAGGGACUUCGUUUUGGCAAAUUUUGCUGAUCCUGUAACUGGGUCAUUGCCUUGGGAGAGGUCUCUUCUGUGAAAAAUUCAGAACAGGUGUGUCUCCAGCUAGAUGCUCAUUUAAAAUAGAGCAGUCAUAUAAAGCAGCCAUUCUUUUUGUUCUAAUUUUUGUUCUCUUUUUUCUAUCUGAUUUUUCAACCUUACAAACAUGCAAGGAAUUAAUUACAGGAUUCUUACACGGUUGUAAAUUUGUAACCAUAUGAAAUGAAAUUUUUUCAUUUUGUUUCGAUGUUCGGAUAAUGAAAUAUAAAUUUAUUCUAA